AUUGAGGAUGUUGCCGUGUACUUCUCCAGGACAGAGUGGCACCUCCUUGGUGAGGCUCAGAGAUGCCUGUACCUCGAUGCGAUGCUGGAGAACUGUACUCUUAUAUCAUCACUGGGUUGCUGCUGUGGAGUAGCAGAUGUGGAGGCACCCACUGAACAGAACCUUUCUGUACAAGUGUCACAGGCAAAGGAUUCUAAGACACCUUUGUCUUCCCAGGAAAGCCAGCCCUGUGAGAGCUGUGGACCGAUAUUCAGAGGCAUUUUCCUCUUGGUUGACUGGCAGGUAACACAAUAUAGCCAGAACCUUCUCAGACCCUGUGAUGCUGCAGAAUCUCCUUUUAUUACUAUGACUGGCUGUGUGGAGUCGCAGCGAUAAUGCACGUUCAUCAUCCUGCACACGAG